AUGGACCCAGUGUAUCCCGACUUCUCGAGAUACCAAUUCCAAAUGCCCCUUGGUUCCUACAUCAAGACUGGUCAGUCACUCUAUCCCAACCGAUUCAUUACCAAUGGUCGUGACUAUCUCUUGCUCUCAACCGAUGGAAACUUGAAGCUCUACGCAUCAGUCCAACCAUUCAGUCCUGGAGCCACAGCUUCAUGGACCACCAACUUUGACACCUCCACUCUGACUGGUCCAUUUGCACUCCACGUACGAGCAAGUGGACUAUUUUUAUAUGAUGGUGGUUCCAAAACAUACUAUGGAACCGUCAUGAGAUCAUUUGACCCUUCAACAGAAUACUUGGCCAUGCAAUUCUCUGAACCAACGCAAGUAGGAUUCUUAAUGGUCAAUAGCAUUGGUAUUACAGGUGGUCAGUUCCUCUCAACCAUCAAUCGUGUCACCAGUCAGCCACUAUUGACCAAAACCACUCCAGCUGGACAGCCACUCAUCUUCCACUCUGGUCUUGUUCAACCACCACUUGACAUUUCAUUGAGACUAGAAUUCUCAUUUGGUUUCUUGCGCCUUGUAUUUACAACAGUUGACCAAAGAGGAUCAUUUGACAAAUUUGUCAUGUCCGAGGCAUACCAAUCAGCACCACUCAACACCAAUCCACAAGAUGUAUCAUUCACCCAAAGGUUUGAAAACUCUCAACUCUGUUUUGAAUCUUGUAUUCUCGGUAGUAAUUGUUAUACUUGGUGUCCAUUCUCCUCUGCCUAUCAAUACCAGCGAUACACCAUGUUACAAGGUUUCCCAUCUCUUUUACUUUUAGAUUCUAAUUAUCAAAUUGCUUAUUCUCUUAAUCCAACUACAAUUUUGAUCACUCCUCAAUUUUAA